AGUCCACUUGUUUCAGUUUUCACACUGUUAGUGCACGUGGGAAUUCCUCGUGAUAACAGAAAUAGAAAGGUUAAUACAUACACGUUCUAUCGACGAUUGUAACAACAGUUUAAAGCAGAGUGAACUAUGUCGUGGAUUUUUGGAUAUCGUAAUUCACAACCACAAGACUUUUCGCAGUUUGUACAACCACCGGCAUCUGCUGCAGGUGGAGAUGGAAAGGACGGUACACAACCACCUAAAGUUGUUCAAGUGGAACCCUAUGGAUUCGAUUCUAGUGGUUUGGAAAGAGCAGCAGCAGCCGCCAAAGAACUCGAGAAAUCCGUACAUGCCAAAGAAGCAUUUGAACUGUCUAAAAUGCAAGAAGCUACCAAACAAAUGGAAAAGCAAGCAGAAAUGAAAAAAUAUGAAGCUAGUAUAGAGCAAUUGAAGGCAGAGCAGAAACGUGUUGAUGGAGAAGAAAAGAGAAAAGUUUUGCAAGAAGAAACUAAGCAACAUCAAAUGCGAGCUCAAUAUCAAGAUCAACUGGCAAGGAAACGAUAUGAUGAUCAACUGUUACAACAACAGAGAAUGAAUGAUGAAAAUUUAAGGAGACAGGAAGAAUCAGUGGCAAAACAAGAAGCAAUGAGAAAAGCUACUAUAGAACAUGAAAUGGAAUUGAGGCACAAAAAUGACAUGAAAAAGUUGGAAGCAGAAAUUAAAGCAAAAGCAAAAAUAGAUAGAGAAAAUCAAGAUCUAAAUAUAGAGCAAAUCAGGGUAAAAGCAUCUGAAAAAAGAGUAACAGUUUUAGAGUCUAUAAAGACUGCUGGUUCAGUAUUGGGUACAGGACUCACAGCUUUCCUUCAAGACUGGGAUAAGAUUGUUGCUGCAGCUGGAGGCUUAUCUCUGUUGGCUUUUGGUGUAUACAGUGCAAAAGGCACAACCGGUAUAGCAGCGCGAUACAUAGAAUCACGAUUAGGGAAACCAUCCCUGGUUCGAGAAACUUCUAGAUUUACAGUAUUAGAUACAAUACAGCAUCCUAUUCAAGCAAUGAAGAGACUAAAAAAUAAGCACACCGAUGCUUUAUCUGGUGUUGUUUUAGCACCAAAGCUUGAAGAAAGAUUACGCGAUAUUGCGAUAGCUACGAAAAAUACGAAACAAAAUCGUGGAAUGUAUAGAAAUAUAUUGAUGCACGGUCCUCCUGGAACGGGUAAAACAAUGUUCGCUAAAAAAUUGGCGGAACAUUCGGGUAUGGACUAUGCUAUCGUAACUGGUGGUGAUUUAGCACCAUUAGGUCGAGAUGGUGUCACUGCUAUUCACAAAGUUUUCGAUUGGGCAGCAACAUCUAGGAAAGGGCUCUUGCUUUUCAUUGACGAGGCGGAUGCCUUUUUAAGAAAGCGUUCAAGUGAACAUAUUUCAGAAGAUCUGAGAGCAAUGUUAAAUGCAUUUCUCUAUAGAACUGGUGAACAGAGCAACAAAUUCAUGUUGAUUCUCGCUUCGAAUACUCCGGAACAGUUUGAUUGGGCCGUAAACGAUAGAUUAGAUGAAAUGGUAGAGUUUCGUCUACCUGGUCGAGAAGAACGUGAACGUUUAGUUCGACUUUACUUCGAAAAAUUUGUUCUUCAACCGGCGAUUGAAGGCAAUAAGAGAAUAAAAGUUGCGCAGUUCGAUUACAGCGCGCUUUGUACUAAAAUAGCCCAAAUAUCCGAGGGAAUGUCUGGAAGAGAAUUAGCGAAAUUGGGUGUUACCUGGCAAGCAACAGCUUAUGCUUCCGAAGAUGGAGUAUUAACGGAACAAAUGGUUAUAGAUAAGUGUAAGGAAGCUAUUAAGCAACAUAAGCAAAAGGUUCAGUGGCAGAGCGAACAGGAAAAACAAGAAGCGAAAUCGAUUUAUGCUACAGAAAAGGAAAUAGAGAUUCAGCCAGUAAAGUCUAAAAUUGCAAUUGAAUCACCAGCGGCAACAACUUCUGUAGCAACGGCUUAA